AUGACUCAGUUUGAAAGUAAAUUUACACCCCACACCGAUUCUGUAAAGCAAAGCGGAAGACCACUGUUGAUAAGCCUUGUAAAUAACCUGUGCCAAAGGGUAGAGAAAGUCCAUGUGGUAUGUUUUGAAAAAUCUCCAGACUACCUUAAAGAUUUUAUAAACACAGAGUUUUACCAAAGACUUGUAUUUCAUGAUGGGUCAACAGAUGUUCUCGGAUGGGAGAGUGCUGAAAAUCUCUCUGUAGAUACUGACCUUGUGAAGCAUCUUAGCAACAGAUCUGGUCACCAUGCCAACAAUAAUGUUGCUAUAGUGAUUGACAGUCUCAGUCCAAUGAUGUUACAUCGUCAAGCACCUUACACAUGUCAGGCUCUGUCAAGAUUGACGUCUGCUAAAAUACAGGAAGCUGAAGUAGAACAAGUUGUCUGUUUAUUACAUAGAGAUCUCCAUGACGACCAUAGCAUAGUUUUAUUAAAUCACUUAGCAACCACCAUUGUCAAAGUCACACCACCAAAACUAGGUCAUUUUCAUGUGGCCUGUAAUACACUGCAUAAAAGACUAUCAGGGAAAGUUAUUAGAAUUGAUGAGCACUUUAACCUGGAUGAGCAGUAUUGUAUUCAGGACGUCACAGAAGUGAAAAAUGUUGAUACAUCUACUGUUGCUAUGGAAACUAAACAGAGUGACCCUACUGCCAAUUUGACCUUCAAUCUGACCUUGACAGAUAAAGAAAAGGAGGCUAGAAGUCAAGUCAAGUUACCGUACACAUAUGAUGUUAACAGGGAAGACAACUCUACAAAUUUUGGAGAAGGCAAAAUAUUUUAUCAGCCUGAUGAUGCUGAUGAUUUUGAUGAAGAAGAUCCAGAUGAUGACCUUGACAUCUGAGAGUGUGUCCAUGCAGACCAGAGGCCAAUUUAUACUAAAUAUGGCAAGAGCAUUUGAAACUUUUGAGUGCCACCAUGCCUUUGGUUUAUGUCCAGUACAUGAAUGAAAAAUAAACAGGCAUUUGAGUGUUUGAUAGCACUGCCAUGCAGACGUGAGGUCAAUUCCUUCUGAAUGUUGCAAGAACAUUUGAAUAUUGGAUUGCUUGCAUGCAACAAAAAGAGACAUUUUAGAAUUUGAUAUUACCGCCAUGUCAUAACUUCAUGUCAAGUCAAUUGAAUAGACAUUGUAGAAGUUAAUUGCAUGACCAUGUCUUUGGUGCAUGAUCAUUGUAUAAUGGAUGGUCACUAUGUCAUAGGAUCAUGCCAAAAUUAAUUAUUUUAACAUAUUAAGCUCCCUGAGCACCAAGUUUUUUCAAAUAUCGUAUAAAUCUCACCUGAUUUUAUGAAAUAAUAUACAAUGUGAUUUUCAUGUCUGCAAAAGGGUAUAGACAUUUCUUAGAA